AUGGCCCCUUACAAGAUCAAGAAGGAAGGUUAUCUCCUAAGGAGUUAUCCCAUUGGGCGAGGGCGAGGGCGGGGAGUGGAGCGGCGUGCCUCUCCAGCGCCCCUGCCUUCCCCAGCCAUCGAGCUGAUCAAGGACCUGGUCAACUACGACGUGUGCCCGGCGCUGCUCAAGGGCCUCGUGGCGCUGCUGAUACCGUCCUUCAAGGAGACCAGCAAACAGCAGUCCCAGAUCGUCAGCGACUCUUCGGUUCUGCAGCUCGCCGCCCACCUGCCGUUGUUCUUGCAGCAGGCCGCGGCCGCCAAGGCCAUCGGGAUCCUGGCGCGAGGCAACACGAGCCUGGCCGAGGAGAUGCUGCCCCUGCGCGUGGUGCACAGCCUCAUGGCCGCCAUGGGCAACAUGGACCACAGCAACAGCCAGCGGCAGGCCAGCCUCACGCUAGAGUACUUUGUGCAGUUAUUCCCAGCGGUGGAGGAGCACGUGCGCAGGUCCAUGGGGGAGGAACUCUACAAGCUCUUCCGUAGCAACGCCGAGGACUUGUACGGGAAAAUAGAUAGCAUUCAGGCGGACAUCUUGGCGGCCAACAAAGUCAAUGUCACCAAAGCCAUCGAGCUGAUCAAGGACCUGGUCAACUACGACGUGUGCCCGGCGCUGCUCAAGGGCCUCGUGGCGCUGCUGAUACCGUCCUUCAAGGAGACCAGCAAACAGCAGUCCCAGAUCGUCAGCGACUCUUCGGUUCUGCAGCUCGCCGCCCACCUGCCGUUGUUCUUGCAGCAGGCCGCGGCCGCCAAGGCCAUCGGGAUCCUGGCGCGAGGCAACACGAGCCUGGCCGAGGAGAUGCUGCCCCUGCGCGUGGUGCACAGCCUCAUGGCCGCCAUGGGCAACAUGGACCACAGCAACAGCCAGCGGCAGGCCAGCCUCACGCUAGAGUACUUUGUGCAGUUAUUCCCAGCGGUGGAGGAGCACGUGCGCAGGGCCAUGGGGGAGGAACUCUACAAGCUCUUCCGUAGCAACGCCGAGGACUUGUACGGGAAAAUAGAUAGCAUUCAGGCGGACAUCUUGGCGGCCAACAAAGUCAAUGUCACCAAAGCCAUCGAGCUGAUCAAGGACCUGGUCAACUACGACGUGUGCCCGGCGCUGCUCAAGGGCCUCGUGGCGCUGCUGAUACCGUCCUUCAAGGAGACCAGCAAACAGCAGUCCCAGAUCGUCAGCGACUCUUCGGUUCUGCAGCUCGCCGCCCACCUGCCGUUGUUCUUGCAGCAGGCCGCGGCCGCCAAGGCCAUCGGGUAAGCGGGCGGCAGGUGGUGGGCGGAUGCGGCAAGCCAGGCCCGGCGCUGCCCGCGGGCCCCCAAGAGCGCUCCGGCCGCCGGAGGGUCCCACGGGGCCGCCGCAGCCCGAAUCCCACCCCCACCCCCACGCCACCCCCCGCCCAGGAUCCUGGCGCGAGGCAACACGAGCCUGGCCGAGGAGAUGCUGCCCCUGCGCGUGGUGCACAGCCUCAUGGCCGCCAUGGGCAACA